GCCCAUAAUCAUUUUUGGAAUUUCGCCUUCAAUCUUCAUGAUCAGGAACAGGAACAACAUUGUCAACAAUUACCGUAUCAUAACAUACGAAGUAGUUUUCCUCAACCAUUCAUGAAUGCAGAAUACUCUAGUCUGAAGUUAGUUGAGCUACAUAGUCAUUACUCGAAGCCUUCCAUCUGCUUUCAGUCGACUUUAGAAAUGUGGAGCCCUGGACGAGUUUACUUCAAUUUGCAGCAAGGCAUUGAAUGAUAUUGAAUAGUGAGAUUGGAAGAUCUUGACCGCAGGCUGCAAUUAUGAGCGGUGGUGGAAAAUUGUCUGCUGUGUCUCAGCUGAUCAAUUUAGUUCAAGGGGAUUUAAGAACGUUGUCGUCAGAAGCACGCCGUAAACACCCAGCAGUCAAGGAGUCUGUAGAACGAGCUAUACUAAAGCUGCGUCACUACUCCACGCUCCAGAACGAUGCCAUCAUUGAAGCACUACAGAACACCGAUGAUGUUGUCCAUCCGCUGCUCUUCGCGUGUGAAACGAAGAAUGCACGGUUUAUUCAGCUCUCGUUGACCUCACUGCAGCGGCUGAUAUCACAGAAUGCUAUUCCAGAGUCUCAUGUCUCCAAUAUCAUCGGGCUGCUGUGCAGCGUCAUGUCAUUGGGUCUGGAUGACCUGCGCGUCCUGCAGACCAUUGUGCUACUGUUCACGUCCACACAGCACGUGCAUGGUGCUCAGCUUGCCAAGGUACUUGCGAUAUGCUUCAGACUGCACACGUCUAAAGACCCUGUGACCAGUAACACGGCCAUCGCAGCAAUGAGGCAGCUGGUCACGUCUCUAUUUGAGCGCAUGGCGGCUGAGGAAGAAGCAGCUGCCAAUGGCAACCUGAAAACUCCUCAACUUCAGUCGUCCUCUCGCAAGUCGCCUGUGAAUCUUCCACCGUGUGCCCAGGAUGCCUACCUUGUCUUUCAGGACUUGUGUCAACUCACCAAUGGCGACCCACCCUAUUGGUUGACAGAAGUGCCGGAGAUAAGUCGCACCCUUGGCCUGGAGCUGCUGGAGUCACUACUUAGUGCUCACCCGGAGGCAUUCUUACAGAUACCGGAGUUUAGCUUCAUGCUGAAGGAGCGCGUGUGCCCAUUGGUGAUCAAGCUGUUCUCUCCCUCGAUCAAGUACAACCUGGCCAUGUCGCCCAACGCUCUCAGCAGCGGCGGCGCUGUUGCAGACAAGCCCUCAUUCCCGGUGUGCCUGCGUCUCUUGCGCAUCGUCGGCGUGCUCAUCAAGCACUUCUACGUCUUGCUGGUCACGGAGUGUGAGAUCUUCUUGUCGCUGCUGGUCAAGUUCUUGGAGAUUGACAAGCCGAUUUGGCAGCGAGUACUUGCUGUGGAGGUUCUGCACCAGCUUGCUGUGCAGCCACGACUUCUGCGGUCAUUCUGCUACUUUUACGAUUUGCAAGAGCAGUCCACCAAGGUGUUUGCGGACAUCAUUUGCAGCCUGCACUUCUUUAUUCAGAAUCAGCUGCAGCCCAAACCAUCAGCUAGCUUGUCAGCAGUGGGUAGCGGCCAUCAAGUGAACUCGGACGGCUCAACUGUUCCUGAUUCGUCUGGCAUGUCCAUAUCAUCCUCUCCCAGCAAUCUGUACCGCGAGGGUUUUCUGUAUGGUGGCACAACACACUCUGUUCUUGCCCUGUCACCAGUAGGCACAGCCCGUGGCAUGCUGUUACAAAUGCUUGAAAAGCAUGAGGCUCCCCAGGUGGCAGAAGGCUAUGCUCUGAGCGAAGGUGUGUCAUGUCUCUUGGACACUGUACAUAGUGUGGGACUUUCCCCGAUAGUGGACUCAACACUCGAUGCACUACCGUCUGCCAUUGGAAGCAGGGGCAGCACAUCAAGUAAUAUAUUGCUAAGCCCUGUCAGGUCUGACCAUCCCACUUUGGCAGUUGAUGGUGGCAGCGGAUCUAGUAGUACUGCGGACAUCACCGACACGUCCAGUGACUGUGGUGUGACAGUCAUUGGGUCUGAGGCAGACUCGGACCGUGUUGUCAGUGCAAUGGUGAAAGUGAGCAGCAAGGACAUCUUGGGAAGCCUCUCGCUUCUUCUCGAUGCUAGUCAAGUGCCUAGCGUGACAGAGGCUGUGCUGCGCGCCUUCCACACCCUGGUGGGUGUGUGCGGCCGAGUGGAGCUGGACGCGCUCAUGCUGAACUUUUUGCAGAACCUGUGCCGAGCUGCCCAGCCCGUGUCAGACCUGGGUCCGCUAGGCAGUCCCACCACCAAUCCUGAGGACCGCAUGGCGACUAUCAGGAUUACUCCGAAGAAGAUGCAAUGUACGAAAUGCUUGCUCUCCAUUGCGUUAGUGCAUGGGGCCGUGCUGAGGGAUACUUGGCUGGUUGCAUUGGACUGUUAUCAGACAAUGUUUGCGGCACUGAAUUUACAAGUCAUGCAGUCGCAAACACAGGAAGAAUUGAUGAACCAGGGAGAAGGCAGCCACCUUGCAUUGUUACUACAGCAGCUAUGCCAGAACAGCGCGUAUCUGUCAGAUAAGGGUCUUCUGGAUCUGCUCAAUGCCCUCUGUGCAUUGUUCAGUGCUGCACGCAAUCAUGCCAAUUCCGGCCGGGAGCCCAGCCUAUUCUCUUGUCACCUGCUGGUGCUGUGCUGCAAAGUCAACUUGAAACGGCUGCCACUGUUCUGGAAACUUCUUGUCAAGCACAUACUCUCAGCGUGUGCGUCUAAUCACGCUGGACUGAGAGAUGCAUCUGCUAAGUGCCUGACGGCCAUUGUUCCGUUGGCGCUGCGAGAACAUGGUGAAUCUGGAAAUAGGGAGACCUUCCAUGACAUCUUGCUCUCCCUUUCGCGAUUGUCCGAGUGUAGCAAGGCUGAUGUCUGCAAUCACCAGCUUACCUGUGUUUUUGAGAUUCUACAGUCUCUUGGUGAUCAGCUGUCAGAUGAUUGGCCAUUGAUCCUUCAGAUCAUCCGCUCUUCAGCUCAACUUGAUAACUCUGGUGUUGUUCAGCUUGGAUUUGAAGCUCUUCAGCUCGUCGUGGCCGACUUCCUGGCUCUGCUGCCUCUGACAUGUCUGACACAGUGCCUGGAUGUAGCAUCGCACUUUGGUCUUCAGACGCAAGACUUGAAUAUCAGUUUGACGGCUGUUGGCUUGCUGUGGAAUAUUUCAGAUUUCCUUUGCCAUCAUCAGUCUACUAUUGAAGUUGGCCUGCCGCAAGAUUUCACCUGCCCGUGGCUUUCGUCUACAACUGACUCCAUUGUUUCUUGGCCGAAAGUGCCGGCUCGGCGCCGAGAGGCAGCAGCAUCGGUUGGCGAGACGACCUCUUCUUGCUCAAUUGUCACUGCCGAGCCGAGGGAGGAUCAGCCCGCUGCUGCUGCUGCUCUACCCACCACUGUGAGCGGUGUCAUUCGUACCGUGGAGGACAUGGCGUCGGAAAUCCCACGCUACGACUGCCUCUGGUGCAGUCUGUUCUACGUACUCGGCCGGCUAUGCAUCGAUGAAAGGGCUGCGGUGCGCAAGAGCGCCGCUCAGACCCUCUUCUCGACCAUUGAUGCACACGGUCAUCUCCUGUCUCCAAUCUCCUGGAAUAUCGUACUAUGGAAGGUCCUGUUUCCACUGCUAGAGUACAUACAGCAUACUCUAGAUACUGUCGAGCAAUCUGGUGAAAAAGCCAAGCAGAGCUCUGUCGUUAUCGUGCAUCACUCGCGCAACACGCUACGUAAGCAGUGGGCAGAGACUCAGGUGCUGACGCUGCAGGGCAUCGCCGGCAUUUUCGCCCAGCAGCUCGAGAUCCUGGCACUGCUCAUCGGCUUCCAUCGUGCCUGGGACAUGCUCCUGUCGGCCAUCCAUGCGUGCGUGUCGGAAGGUCAGGGUGAGCUGGCAAUGGCGGCGCUGCGCAGCUUACACCAGCUACUGCUCACCAAGAGGAGCGAUCAGGCGGAGCAGCAAGACCUCUGGCAGCAGCUCUGGCAGGUGUGGCGACAGUUGGCGCUGCAGUGUGCUCAACUCCCCACCACGCCGAGUAUGUCCUAUCGCCAGGCAUCGGCCGCGUCGCAGAGCAGCAAUCAGGAGCAGCCGGUGGACCGCAGCAGCCUUCAGACACUGCUGUGUGUGCACAUGCAGCAGCUUCCGUAUCUACAGGAUCACUUGUCGGCUGGCUUCAGCGCAGCACACCUGCGUCAGCUGAGGAAAGUCAUGAGCGGUGUGCUGAGCGUACCUGCAGACCAGGUCACUCUGAUGACAAGCAAUUCUUCCAUGACACCGCUGCAGGAAUCCAGUCUGAGCAAUGUGCAGAAGAUCUGUAGUGAGGCUGCACAGACGUGCAGCAGAGAUGGAGAAACAUCGACAACAUCGUCGGAGUCUGCAGACUCGAAGGAAGGAUUUGUCUUUGCUCUCUUUGAGCUUGUCCUGCAGUUGACUUCUUUUGCGACCAGCCUGCCCAGCAACUUGCAACCGGCAAGCAAGGAGCAGCGCAAAAGCUGUAUACUGCUUGGGGAGGCAGCAUGGCGAAUUGCCUGCAAGCUCUACACUGACACACACAAUGGACAUGAUCCCACUGUGCUGCUAUGCAUUCUCAAGGCGUUGCAAAUUCCACUUGCGUGUAAAUACAGCUGUCCCAGCACAAGUACCUGGCUACUUGCUUUGGAAGUUCUGCUGACGGUUGUACCAAUUGGAUUGGCAGCUCUGCGCAAUGCCGAGGCUGUGCCAUCUGAUGUGGAGGUCUACACUGUCGUUCUGCAGAUCUGCGAGGACUUUCUCUUUCCAGCCAGUGACCCGCCGGGCGUCCUCUCCGUGGAUGAUCGGUUGAUGUUUGAGGAGAAGGAUGUUUGCGUUGUACAUUUGAUUCGCGAUGAGAUCCUGUCACAUACUGACCAGUGUCCACCGCGGGUCGUAUCUUCAGCUAUUGAGCUACUCAACCGUGGAUCCAUCCUGUCCCAGACGUCGCCGCUUGAUGUCACUGUCGCUGAGUUUAAUCUGCUUGGCCGUGAGCAGGUUGCACGCGCUUGCUUUGAAACGCUGCUCAACUGUUCCGUACUGGUACAAGGCAAAGGAAGAUCUGCAUCGGUGGCCCUCGAGUCUUUGGUUCGCCGCUGCUGUAGUGUUCUAAAGAAAUUUCAGCAAGAUGAAAAGCUCACUGGCGAUUGCCCAUUGCCAAGGAGUCAGCUUGCUGAGACUUCGUUUGUUCUACACGCAGUGGCUCUCAUGUUGCAGACUAUGAAGACCACUCCAACAUCAGAACAAACAACCAGUAUGUGGCAACAGCUCAUCCAGCUGUACCCUGUGCUUGUAUCCUGUGUGACGUGCAACUCCACGGAUGUACGUUCCGGUGUGCAGAAGGUGCUGGGUGAGUAUGCCGUACUGAUCACCAUACCUGGAGAGGCUGGACAACCCACGCCUUCACCAUCGCACCAUGUUGCCGCCUAGUAUUGCCUAGUAACAGUUGUUGCUCAGACAGCGCAGAACUGUAUGCAGGCUAUUGAUGGCUGUAGGCCACAUGACCAGACCCAGUGCUAGCAUUACAGGCUUUACCUAGUGCCUGUGUAACACAUCCAUGCCAAUGUUCUGCAGUGCACUUGUAUGCACACGCCAGCUUUAGUUUCAACGCCUUUGCCCGUCGCACUAUGCAGGACUGCAUGUACUAUGCAAUGGCUGCUCGAGCAGCACUGUGACAGAUUUAGCCAUGCUUGCAGCUUGCUUUCACUAACUACAUGACCAAGGUAACAUCAAAGUAUCUAGUCUUCUUGCACGCGCAUUUACUGGACCGUCACCAUGUCACCCCCACCCCCACGUCAUUUUCACCAAUUUGGUAUAUCUUUUAAAUUCUUCUGGAGGCGUACGGGUGCGUUGUUUUGAAGGAGUUUUUUCUCCAGUAUCGAUGAAUUUUUACUUUCCGCACGUUUACUGUGUAGCUUAAAUGAUUGUAUUCAAUAUUCAUAUAAUUAUUUUUUGCUUGUAUAUUCGGGGAACUGCUGGGUAUAUCAAGUGUUCCUGUCUAUUCAGCCAAGUUGUCUGCUUGGAUCAUUACUCUCUUAGGAUUAAAAAGAAAAAAAGUGUAUUCAGUUUGUUAUUCACAGAAUUUCCCUCAUCCCUUCAAUUUCCUUUUUGAGAUUUUGUUUGUUGCGUUAAACUAGAAAGCAGGUGGAACGCUCCCACAGCAAGCCAGCUGUUUCUAGAAGUGUUUGGCCGCGAGUACAGAUCUUCUUUGCUCUAGUCUCUUGGUGCGAUUGCAAUGAUGCUAGCAGAGAAUGGUAAAUAUAGCUACUAUUCCCAUCAUCAA